AUGUCCGCUGCACCUCGGACCGCGCGCCGUAUUAUAGAUGGCCUUUCCGGAGCAACACUAGUAAAUAUAGUAGUGCUUCUGUUUAUUUUUACAGCUAUAGUUUAUUAUUUUAUAGAAAAACUUACUAGAAAUCCUAGAAGGCGUCUAAAGAACAUCCUUAGCUAUAAAAUAGAAGAUAUAAUUAGGAGUAUUAUAGUUUUAGAAAGUCCUUUCUCUAUUACUUUACUUGCGCACCUUUUAGGAAAGGCUAAGAAUAAUAUUAACUAUCGAUUAGACUUUCUAUACUCUAUUCUAAAUAUACCAGACCGCGAUAAUGCGCCCGUACGCCCCCUGCACUUGUUGUUCCACGAGUUCCUGAAUAUUUGCGACCUAGAGCCUGGGACUCUGAGAAGUAAGGUUGAUAAAGGAAUAAUUAAGAGCUAUCUGUCGCCAGAAUUGCACCAGCGUCUUGUUAGCGACAAGGCCACUGCAGAUAUAUUCCUCCAAAAACACUUCCUUUACUGGCUCGAAGCGAUAAGUCUAAUCGGAGAGACGAAUAAAUAUGCUCCUCUACAAAUAUAUUCCUUAGCUCUUGUAUUUACCCCAGAAGCAAGUAUAGUACGGAAGGCUUUUGUAGACGAAAUGCCAGGGUGGAUUAAGUUAUUGUCAAAACGGGAGGACGACUGGGAUGCUUGCCGCAGCGUGCUCGAGGGCCAUACCGACUGCGUCAGCGCCGUCGCCUUCUCACCAGACGGCCAGCUGGUCGCGUCCGCCUCGAGCGACAAGACGGUGCGGGUGUGGGAGGCGGCCACGGGGUCGUGCCGCAGCGUGCUCGAGGGCCAUACCUCCUGGGUCAGCGCCGUCGCCUUCUCGCCAGACGGCCAGCUGGUCGCGUCCGCCUCGGACGACAACACGGUGCGGGUGUGGGAGGCGGCUACAGGCGUGCUCGAGGGCCAUACCUCCUACGUCAACGCCGUCGCCUUCUCGCCAGACGGCCAGUAUAUCCAAACAAAUCGCGGUGAUAUUUGCUUGCAUAGCGCAGCCGUCUUAUGUCUUUGUACAAGACCAGUGGAUUUCUUUGAACCAACAGCGGUUGCUAUGGCUUCCUUCUGA